CACGAAUUGGAAGACUUCCAAUCAUAUUCCCCGCCGACAACUCUCUUAGCUUCUUCUCUAAAUAAUUAACGCCAAACACGCAUUCCGCCGGCCACAAUAUCCUGAAAUCCGAAUCCCUCCACAAUACAAAUGGAGCAUUCAGUUUCCGUCAAUGAAACUCUCCUUCUCCUCCUCUUACCACUACUACUACUUCUCCUUUCUAUCAAACACGUUAACUCAAAGAAGAAGGAAGAGCUCCCUCUUCCUCCAGGCCCAAAGCCAUGGCCGAUUCUCGGAAACAUCCCACACAUGACCAGAAAGGUUCACAUCACCAUGUCCGAGUUCGCCAAAUCCCACGGCCCGUUAAUUUCCGUGAAGCUCGGCGCUCAACUAAUCGUCGUCGCCUCUUCUCCGGCAGCCGCCGCCGAAAUCCUCAAAACCCACGACCGAGUCCUCUCGGCAAGGUACGCUAGCAAGGCCAAUCCGUUCAAACUCAGCGAUGUCAACCGAAUGGCAAUCGUGUGGGCCACCACGUGCAACGACAGCUGGAAGUCCCUUCGUGCGCUCUGCAGGACGGAGCUUUUCUCCGGCAGAGCAAUCGAGUCGCAGGCCGCCGUCAGGGAGAGGAAAGUCCGUGAGAUGGUCGAAUUCCUUGCCGCCAGAGAAGGGCGAGUUGUUGAUAUUGGAGAAAUCGUGUUCACUACAGUUUUCAAUUCGCUCUGUAACCUUUUCUUCUCCGACGACUUGUUGGUGUUGGAAGAUCGUAAGGGGAAGGCUAGUGGGUUGAAGAGUCAUAUCUCGAAGAUGAUGGAGCUUGCCGCCACUCUGAACAUUGCUGAUUUCUUCCCUGUAUUGGCGCGGCUAGACCCUCAGGGUUUGAAGAAGAAGGUGGCCAAGGUCGUCAGCCAAAUGUUCUCGGUUUGGGAGCGUUACAUAAAGGAAAGAAGAGAAACCCAUGAAUCGGAAUUUCAUGUCGACGCUCUGAAACGCGAUUUCCUCGACGUUUUUCUUUCCAAUGGUUUUGACGAUCACAAAAUCAAUUGGCUAUUCUUUGAAUUGCUGACAGCGGGAACAGAUACCAUUACUACGACAGUAGAAUGGGCAAUGGCAGAGCUUCUAAGAAACGGGGAAGCAAUGAGGAAAGUUCGCGAAGAAUUGAAGAGAGAAAUUGGGGAAAACUCCGUGAAUGAAGCUAAUGCCUCUCAGCUGACAUUUCUAAACGCCUGCAUAAAGGAGACAUUCAGGCUACACCCACCCGUACCGUUCCUGAUUCCUCACUGUGCUAUGGAGACUUGCGAAGUGAUGAACUACAGAAUACCCAAGGAUUCCCAGGUGCUAGUCAAUGUGUGGGCAAUUGGUCGGGAUCCAUCUGUUUGGGAGGAUCCCUUGUCGUUUAGACCUGAGAGGUUCCUUGACAAGCGGUCAGCUGUUGCGGACUUCAAAGGUUGUGACUUUGAGCUUCUGCCGUUCGGGUCGGGUCGGAGGGCGUGCCCGGGACUUCCCAUGGCAACUAAACAAUUGUCGUUGAUUCUUGCUUCGUUGAUUGAAGGGUUUGAUUGGACUCUCCCCGACGGCGACGAUCCGGCCAAAUUGGAUAUGGAGGAGAAGUUUGGACUUACACUGCAGAAGGACCAACCUCUGUUACUUAUUGCGAGAAAACAUAGCAUGUGACAGGUGAAAAAAAAAAAAGUUUCUCAAAUGUUUUCUUAGAGGGGACAAAAAUUGCAUGGGUUGAAUAUAUCAUCUCUUUUGUUGCUAAAUCAUUAGGUUUUAAGUUUGCACAGGUUGUCUAUACCUUCUUUUGUGCUAAACCAUUGUUUGAAAUUGUGG